AAACAAACGCUUGAAUUUCGUGAUGUUUCUUUCUGUCAUCCGGCCGUUGGAUUUUUCGCCGCACAUCCAAAUCCCCGGCUCCGCCACCGUCACGCUCUCACCCGGCGGCGCCAUGCUCCUCGCCAAUCUCCUCCCGCCGGCGCGCUGCCCACUGGCCUCCCCUCUCCGCUGCCAGGCCCCGACCCACCACCACCAGCCCGCCGUCUCCCGCGGCCUCCUCCUCCGCGGCGCCGGCUCCCCCGUCGUCAAGCGCCUGCCCGCCGGCGACUGGCUCCUCUGGUACCACUCCGGGGCGCGCGUCUCCCUCGCCACCUCCCCCGACGGCCUGCGCUGGAGCCCACCCGUCGCGCCCGACCCGCUGCUGCCCUCCACCGACUGGUGGGUCUUCGACACCGCCGCCGUCCGCCCCGGCGACGUGCUCAUCAUCUCCGGCCCCGACGCGCCGUCGUCCCGCCGCCUCCCGCCCUCCUCCUCCGCCGUAUACUGGCUCUACUACACCGGCUCCAACGACGCGCGCCUCGCGUCGUCCCCGUUCCCCGCCGCGGACGUCGCCGCGCUGCCCGGCCUCGCCAUCAGCCAGGACGGCCGCCACUGGGCGCGCAUCGAGGGGGGCCACCACACCGGCGCGCUCCUCGGGGUCGGGGAGGACCACCCUCAGGGCUGGGAGAAGCGCUGCGCGGCGGCCCCCAAGGUGGUGAUGCACGCCGACGGGGACCUCCGGAUGUACUACCACUCGUUCGACGAAAUGUCGCAGAGGCACGCGAUUGGGGUGGCCAGGUCCAGGGACGGCAUCCGGUGGGAGAGGGUGGGGAAGGCGCUCGAGGGAGGCGGGCCUGGAUCGUUCGACGAAGGCGGGGUGCGGCAGGGGCAUGUCGUCCGUGACCGCGCCGCCGGUCGGUACAUGAUGGCGUACGAGGGUUUGGAUGGCAGUGGUGGGGUGAGCAUUGGGUUGGCCGUGUCGGAGGACGGGCUGAGAGGGUGGAGGCGGUGCAGUGAAUCACCAGCGCUGCGCCCGUCGGAGGAUGAUGAUGAGUGGGACGUCGCUGGGGUUGGCGCCCCGUGCCUGGUGCAAAUGGAUGGGCCGUAUGAUUGGAGACUCUAUUACAUGGGUGUAGGGACGGAUGGUGAGGCUGCUAUUGGGAUGGCAUAUUCAGAGGGUCAGGGUCUUCCGAGGUUCAACAGGUGUGAUGCUCUUCUCAUGUAAGGGGUUAAAGUACGCACAAAUUUCCACGAGUUCUUGUCUGUUGUUGCUACUACCAUCUAAUACUGGUUGUUGGUUCAGUAUGACGCACACAAGUUGGUAUUGGUCCAUCGGCUUCUCUAGUCUAGAUUACAAUAGUCAUAACAGCUGCCCUAUUUACUAACAUGGCAGGACACCAGCGUCAGUUCUCACUAAUCAAUUCUUCCUCCAGGUAUGCAUAUCCCUUUUUCACAACUUACAUAUAAAGAGGUUAUGGACAAUGAUAUUCUGCAAAUUAGAUGUCUGUGCUGAAAAAGUGACUGUUUUAUAAGGGCCUUUAUGCAGUCAUAUCAAGGUUAUGCAUAAUAUCAUGGCAGUCUGUCCGAGAGUAGAUAUUUAAGUGCUUUAUUUGCCAUCAGUACUUCUAUCCUGCAGUGCAUGUCUUUAUAAUAGAUGUAUUUGAGAAGAGAUAUUUGCAUUGGAAUCACAUGUACUUUUCCAAACCCAUAGGAUUACCAUAUUUUGAAAAAAAUCACUUUAUCUGUAUGGUUGCAAAUUUACUAGUUGUAGUUAUUGUUGGUAUGUCAUCCUGUGCUGGAAAUUUCAACAGUCUAGGACCCUCUAAAUUUAAUGAAAAUAAUUUCCACCUAUGCCUGCAAUCUUUAACCUGAUUGCAAAUUAAUGCCACCUAUCAAAUCGCCAUAGCUUCAAAGAAGUAGACUAGCAGUGUCUGAUUUCAUAAUUUGUGUUAUUUAGCAAUUUCAUCGUGAUAGCAGUUGUUAAUUGGCCUUUAUUUGAAAUUGCAGUUAAAUCUCUAGCUAUAUGCCACUCAAACAUUUGUGAACUUAUUCAUUGUUCCAUCGACAAGUUUGGUUCAGGCCAACAUGUUAGACAGCGGUAAACAACAGCUUCCCAGCAGAUCAUCCAAGAUUUCCUUUGCAGGAGGCAACCAAGGUGAUAAACAAGAUGGUACAAUCUUCCACUGGCACAAGGGGUUGAUCUAGUCUGAAAAGCCAUGUGCAGAUGGAAGAACCUGUACCACAAUCUUGAAUAAUGUAAUGUUACAUAGUUAUUUCAAUGGGGUCAUGGAUGUCCUUACUUCCUUCGCAAUGAGGUAAGUGUUUCAUCCCUGACCUGUCUCCAGUUAGUUUGUUCACAUGUUCUCUAUUCUAACACAGUGCAAAUGUGCUGUUAUAAACACAAAUUAUGUCUUUAAGAUGUCAUAAUGCUUAUUUUUCUUAGGCUGAAUAAUGAUUCUUGUCAUGAAAUAGUUUUGGCAUCCUUCUUUCCCCUCUCUUUGCUGUACUUCAGUUGAAGUAUCCCCAUAUCUUACUCAUACACUGGGCAUGUAUUUUUAGGUUGAGACUACAUGUUAUCCUGUCUACUUCUCCACAGUGGACAGUGCAGCUCUUAUAUCCAUGUGUUACAUGUGUGCAGUAUUACGUUUAUUGAACAUUUUGUGUUCUUCCCAUUUCCCCCACUAUUCAG